CCUUAGUGAUGAAGAAAAUGUUAAAACUGCAGAUUAAAUUUAAAAGUAUGUUUUUUUCCCCCUAGAGAGAGGGCUAAACACCCCGGGGUGUCAUUUUCUGAGAUGCCAAAAUCCUGUGUAUAUUUAAUCAACCACAAUCAGAAUCCUUUGCACAUAAUUAAACAGCUUUUUUCUUUAACCAAGAAGUCCAGUUUUCCAGAUCAACAUCUACAUUUAGACAUUUAAGCUUCUUAAUCUUCAGGCUUUUGAGCUAAAAACCUGAAGCUUUAACCCACCUUGAAGGUCCUUACUUUUAACUAGACUAUACGCAAUCAACCAGCGGCUGGCAAAAACAAAUCUGGGGGUCGCUAGGACCCAGUUCUGCCCAUCCCGCCCUGCCCUCUUCUAGGGGCGGUCCCGGGGUUAGUCUGGGAGGGAGCUCUGGUGUCCCUGCUGGUCCUUGGUGUGGGUGCGGUAGGGUCCCGGAGGUCUUCCUGGACCACUCCCGCCUGUGCCCUCUCUCUUCGCCUUCACUUCAGGCAGCCUCAGACGGCCGACUGCCCUUCGUUUUGGAGGACCCAUCCAGAUCAGAUCUGUAUAACUGCUAGUAAAAGGACUGGAACUUCUGCAAAGUAUCUGAGCAGCCAUUCGAGCCUAAGCCUCACUGCUCCCUUGCCCUGGUCUUUGAGGGAGCUAUGGCUGCAGAGGAGAUAUUGCAGAGCGUGGAUCAUUAUAAGACUGAGAUCGAAAGGUUGACCAAGGAGCUCACUGAAACAACCCAUGAAAAGAUCCAGGCUGCUGAAUAUGGCCUGGUGGUCCUGGAAGAGAAGCUCACCUUGAAGCAGCAGUAUGAUGAGCUGGAGGCUGAAUACGAUGGCCUUAAGCAAGAGCUAGAGCAGCUGAAAGAGGCAUUUGGACAGUCAUUUUCCAUCCAUCGCAAAGUAGCUGAGGAUGGAGAGACUCGUGAAGAAACACUCCUGCAGGAGUCUGCUUCAAAGGAGGCUUACUACCUGGGGAAGAUUCUGGAAAUGCAGAAUGAGCUGAAGCAGAGCAGGACUGUGGUCACCAACAUUCAAGCGGAGAAUGAGAGACUCACAGCUAUUGUUCAGGAUCUGAAAGAGAACAAUGAGGUGUUAGAGCUGCAGAGAAUAAGAAUGAAGGAUGAAAUCCGAGAAUACAAGUUUCGAGAAACCCGCCUCCUUCAGGAUUACACCGAAUUGGAAGAAGAAAAUAUUACUUUACAGAAGCUGGUGUCCACAUUGAAACAGAACCAGGUGGAAUAUGAAGGCUUAAAGCAUGAGAUUAAAAGAUUUGAGGAAGAGAUGGUUUUGCUAAAUAGCCAGCUAGAAGAUGCCAUCCGGUUGAAAGAAAUUGCUGAGCGCCAAUUAGAAGAAGUCCUGGAAACUUUAAAAAAUGAAAGAGAACAAAAGAACAACCUGAGGAAAGAACUAUCCCAGUAUAUUAAUCUCAAUGAAAGUGUGUACAAUAAUCAUAUCAAUAUCUCAGUAGAUGGACAAAAAUUUGCAGAAGAUGUGGCUGAACCAAACAACGAUGACAAAAUGAACGGACACAUCCACGGUCCACUUGUGAAAAUGAAUGGAGAUUAUCGGACUCCAGGAAGGAAAGGAGAAACUCUCCACCAGGUCUCUGACUUAUUCAGUGAGCUUAACAUUUCAGAAAUGCAGAAACUGAAGCAGCAACUUAUGCAGGUAGAGCGAGAAAAAGCCAUUCUUCUGGCCAAUCUUCAAGAGUCCCAAACUCAGUUGGAACACACAAAGGGGGCACUGACAGAACAGCAUGAGCGGGUUCAUAAGCUCACAGAACAUGUCAAUGCCAUGAGGGGCCUACAGAGUAACAAAGAGCUGAAGGCAGAGCUGGAUUGUGAGAAGGGCAGGGACUCAGGGGAACAAGCCCAUGACUAUGAAGUUGAUAUCAAUGGCUUAGAGAUUCUUGAAUGCAAAUAUAAGGUUGCUGUUACAGAAGUGAUUGACCUGAAGGCUGAAAUUAAGGCCUUGAAAGAGAAAUAUAAUAAGUAUGUAGAAAAUUACACAGAAGAGAAGGCCAAGUAUGAGAGCAGGAUUCAAAUGUAUGAUGAGCAGGUGACAAGUCUAGAGAAAACUACAAAGGAAAGCGGUGAGAAAAUGGUCCAUAUAGAAAAGGAGUUGCAAAGGAUGACGAGUAUAGCCAAUGAAAACCAUAAUACCCUUAACACAGCCCAAGAUGAGCUAGUAACAUUUAGUGAAGAAUUAGCUCAACUUUACCACCACGUAUGUCUAUGUAAUAAUGAGACUCCCAAUAGGGUCAUGUUGGACUAUUAUAGGCAAAGUAGAGUAACCCGCAGUGGAAGCCUAAAAGGACCUGAUGAUCCCAGGGGACUUCUGUCACCACGGCUCACCAGGAGGAGUAUGGUAUCACCAGUAGAAACAAGGACCCAAUCAGAAUCAGUUUUGAAAGAAAACACAGAUGCCAACAAGGAACAAAGUCCAACCAAAACACCAACAAUCUCUCCUGUCAUUACUGCCCCUCCUUCAUCCCCAGUGUCAGACACCAGUGAUAUUCGAAAAGAACCAAUGAAUAUCUACAACCUUAAUGCCAUUAUUAGGGACCAAAUCAAACAUCUACAGAAAGCAGUGGACCGGUCAUUACAACUGUCACGUCAACGGGCAGCUGCACGAGAACUGGCACCAAUGAUAGACAAAGACAAGGAAGCCUUGAUGGAAGAGAUUUUGAAAUUAAAAUCACUUCUGAGCACAAAACGGGAGCAGAUAGCUACCUUGAGGGCAGUGUUAAAAGCCAAUAAGCAGACAGCUGAGGUAGCACUAGCUAACCUGAAGAAUAAAUAUGAAAAUGAAAAAACAAUGGUGACUGAGACCAUGACGAAACUUAGAAAUGAAUUGAAGGCCUUGAAAGAAGAUGCAGCAACUUUCUCAUCCUUGCGUGCCAUGUUUGCAACCAGAUGUGAUGAAUAUGUUACCCAGUUGGAUGAGAUGCAAAGACAGUUAGCAGCUGCAGAAGAUGAGAAGAAGACACUAAAUUCACUCUUAAGAAUGGCUAUACAGCAAAAACUCGCCUUGACUCAGCGACUGGAGGAUUUAGAGUUUGACCAUGAGCAGUCCCGACGAAGCAAAGGCAAGCUUGGAAAGAGCAAGAUCGGCAGCCCUAAAGUAAGUGGGGAGGCAUCAGCCACCGUGCCCUCCAUUGACACUUUCUUCCUGCAUAGUCAGGGCUCACAGCCACCAAACAUACUGGUCAGCAGUGGCACUCAGAGGAAAAGACAAUUUUCACCUUCCCUUUGUGAUCAGAACCAUCCCAGGACUUCAGGGGCUUUCUACCAACAGCAUUUAUUAAGAGUCCCCCCUGAUCCCACCUCCACAGAAUCCUUUCUUCUGAAGGGCCCCCCUUCCCUGAGUGAAUUCAUCCAAGGGUACCGGCUCAACAAGGAAAAAAGGUUAACUGUGGCCCCACCAGAUUGUCAGCAGCCUGCUGCCUCCAUAUCGCCACAAUGCUCACAACUAGCCAGGAGGCAAGACUGCCAGACUGUCAGUCCUAAUAUCAUUCUUCCAGAAGAGCAGCCACAUUCCAGCUCUCAGUGUGCCCCUCUCAACUGUCUCUCCCAGCCUUCUUAUCCCUAGUCUUCAUCUUCAAUGGAAAAAAAAAGUAUGGAAUGGAAUUUGUACAACUGUUAUGCAGGCUACUCCCCAGCAUCCAGCAGGCAUUUCUGCCUAGUUGGUAACAUGAAUAAAACUUGUUUUAUUUCUAUACUACUGGAACUUGAGAGAAGGUUGAGAAGUACACCACAAGCACAGAGGCCAGUCUGACAGGAUGCUUGAUGGUUUCUCUGAUUGCAUACAAAGUUAGAUAAAGAAUGUUCAGUGAUAGGAACUUUUAAAAAAAAUCUGUUUCCAGAUGCUUGGCUUUAUCUCUUAAAUCAGAGGUACUUAAGCCAAUAUAAAAUAUAUGCUAGAAAAUCACAAAAUCCUAUCCUCCUCAUUCAGCCACAGAAUUCUGAUUCAGAUAUUUUUUCAGUCAAUGGUAUUUAUUUAUUUUUAUUUUAUUUGCACCACAAUUUGUGUUAGUAAAAUGUAAACCAAUUGUAAAUUUUUUUUGUAUAUAAUUUGUAUAUGUUUAAAUAAGCAAAAGUAGUUGAAUUAAGUUUGAUUUUAAUUAUUUAAAAUUGGCCUGAAUUUGGCUAUUUUUAUUGCACAAAAUAAAAAUCUGGUUCAUUGGAAUAUUCAUGUUAACUUUGUAUUUGCACUGCUUGUGUUUACGUACUUAUUUUCUAAUUAGUUAUUCAUUAGCUUCUGAUUUUAUAAUAGUUUUCCAUUGAAAACCAAUUAUUAAACCUAAAAAAGAUCUUAAUUAUGAUCAUUUACUUUUAUUCAACUAUUUGAUUACAUGCUUUUUUUUUAGGAUUUCCAGCAUGUAGAUGAAAUGGUGCUGUUCCAUUUUUAUGUGGCAACUCAUAAAGGAGUGCUAGACAACUUGAAUAAUAUCAUGUGUUCAUUUAAUUUUCUUUUUUCUCCAAAAUUCGAGGUCCCAAUAUAAGUCUUUACCUGUGAAAAGAUUAUAAGUAUAGAUGGCAAAAGAUAUAUAUGCAUAAAGGCAUCUUUAAAAAAAUUAGUUCACUUAGGUAGGGUUAAAAGUUUGGGAUAAAGUUGGUAUGACAAGGGUGAUCUUUUUUUCUGCAAAAUUUCCUUGCCCAAAACAAUAAAUAUUAAACCUUAGUGCAUUGUCAGCUUAUGACAAAUACUCAGGUGCCUAUGAUACACAGAUUAUCUUUGACAGUGCAGUGUUCCUAGCUAAAUUACAGAUUCUUUUAGAAAGCUUCCUAGGACAUAAUUUAAAGCAGUGAAUUUACAUAUGUCAAAAAAUAACUGACUUUAUUUUGCACAAUAACCUGACAGACAAGGAAAGUAGCUAAUUGACCUGUAGAGUAACAGUCUUGGGCUCCUCAUCCACCUAUUAAGUGCUAUCCAUUAAUUGCUCUUAGCCCUAAUUCCUUGCUCUUAGUCAGGUGGCCUUAAUUUAUUUAGAGAAAAAAGGGUUUGAUAUUUUCAUGUGACAAUAUCCAUGACUUCUCUACAAAUGCCACACUAAAAAUAGUCCACACUUUUCAUAGGAUCAUGGAAUUAGUGAUGGAAGGUACCUUUGAGAUCAUCUAAUCCAAGUCCUUCAUUUUACACAUGGAAAAGUCAGGCUCAGAGAGAUAAAGUGACUAGCCCAUGUGUACACUGCUAGUACAUGCCAGAGUCAGGUCAGGGUCAUUGACAACAGAAGUCAAACAAGAAUCAUUCAGGAGUUUAAGGGAAAUCAGUCAAGUUCAAUGGUUAUCAAAUUCUAAGUAAUAAAGUACAUGUUUUUUUUUCUUCAGAAAUAUGCACCUGUCAUGUGCUAAUUAAGAAGCAGCAACCAUCAUUUCCAAAACAACUAAAGAACUUACCUACAUGUGUGGUAUGUGCAACAGUGCCACUUACCAAAUGUAACUUCAGAUGAAUGGUGAGAUUGUGCACCAAAACAAAUAUUAAGGUUUAGGUUCAAACAAAAUUAGAAAACAAAUCUUCACCAAAGUGUGACCACUGCAACAUAACUUUCUGCUCUGUUUCUUAAUGCAUUUUCAAGCUGUCCCUGAACAUUUUUCUUAUCUUAUUUUACCAUGGCCAUCUGGUGCCAUACAUAAACAGUGUAUGCAUUUUUAUUACAGGUCAGUCAGCAUUUUUUUUUAAUGGAAGCAUUAUCAUGCUGUUUGGACCUGAAAUGUAAUAUAGCUGCUACAUAGUUUUUUUAAAUAAACACUCUUGUGCCUGAGGAAAUAUUUGCCUUUAAAAAGGACCUCAGAACACCUUCCUAGAUUUCCUCAUUAUUCUUAUGUAUGGUACUGGGAAUACAGUGGGAAAUACCAUUCUAAAAUUAUGUGAAUAUGUGUCAGUAACACUCUGUUGCAUAUCUGGAUAUCUGAACUGGAUUUAUGACCCAAUGAAAAACCAGUAGAAAAUACAAAAAACAUUUCUUCCCUCUCAGAUAAAAUAUCUCUAAUUCUAUAGCAUAUGUUUGAUAUUAAAAGUUUCUGUUUUAAGUUGCCAAAAGAAAAAGUAAGUUUGCUUUGAAGUAUUUAUGAGAUACUUAUUUUAGCUAAAACUUGCUAGAAUGUGAAAACUUAGAAAUGAAUAUCUAUGUCUCCACACAAACCAGUUGGAUCCAAAAGCAGCUGCUAAAAUCAUAAGAUCUUAACCACCAUCUAGUUCUGCUUCUUUUUAUAACUGAUCAUACAGGCCCAGAAAUUUUGUAUGAUUUGUCCAUAUGAACCACAACACUAGAAAGAGCCAGUAUCAGAAUUGAAAAUAAGCUUUAAAAUUGUAAAACUGAUUACAAAUACCCUGAGCCUCAGUAAGGACAAGGGUAGGGUAACAGACUUAAAAAAUAAAAAUAACCCACAGCAACAAAAUAACAAAAAAAGCAUUGACUAAGUAAAUACAGAAAAUAUUUCGAUAUUGCAAUAGCUAAAGAUGCUAUAGCUCCUUUGUUACUGUUGUUGUUGUUGUCUGUUAUUGUUGUUGUUUUAGGGAAGCACAAUAGUGUCCAUUAAUGGGAGUAGAUGAAGCAAGAAUUAUGAGAUAAUUGUUCAUUUACUGAAUCUACUGACUUUUGCAGUUGAGUUGGUUCUAGGCUUCACAGUCAAGAGUAUUGUUCAGCAUGCUGAAAAAAAAUAAGCUCAUUAAAUUAUUAAAGAGUGGGAAUAGUUCAGCUAGGAGAAGAGAAGGAAGACUCUUCAAAGAGAGGAAGAGUUUUAAAGAAAAGGUAACUGACCAUUUUUUGUUUUUCAUCACUGAGAACAGAAGAAGAAACAAGAGGAUUAAAAAGAUUUAGGUUAGCUGGGAAGUUUAGGUUAGCUAAAAGAAAUACUUUUCAAAUAAAUAUUACAUAAAAAUGGAUUAUUAUGGAAGUUUGUGGAAUCUCCUAUAGAGUAGACACACAGUUCUUUGGUGUGGUUUAAGUACCUUAAUUCAGGGUAUUAUGCCUUAAAAUAUCAUAGCUCUAAUAUUCCAUAAGCACACAAUUCUGUGAAAAUCUAAAAGAAAAAAUAUUUUAAAUUCUCAGAUUGGACAUAAAGACACAUAGUAACCUUUGAAAAUAGGUUAAGAGUGUUAGCAUUUUUCAUGGUACCUAGCAAGAAUUUUCUUUUCCGAAAAGCAGACAAGGAUAGUUAGUUUCUUUCUAUCAAGCAAUAUUCUGUACUGUCUUUUUUCCAUAGUUAUUCAUAACACUGAAAUUAAUAGGCAAAAAUCAACAUGAUUAUCAGAGGACAAUAAAACAAAUAUACUCGGUCAUACUUAGGAAGCCAAUGGUGAACAUUUCCCUACAAAAACCUUUAAAAUCUGUUAAUUUCAGAAAAGUAGUUUGAGCCUACAGUCUUGUAAGCAGCUGGCUGGAUGUGAAUACAUUUACUCUUUUCCAUGUGUUAGAAAAGUCAUUCAUUUCCAAACAUGAAUUUAACAUUGGCCACAUAAGGACAAUGAUGAACAUAUGAAUCAAAUGACUUGCUAUACAAAAAAAAUGAAAAUUAUAAAAUGUGAGGAAGAGAGGAGCAAAUAAAGGAAAAUGUAUCUUCUACUAGAAUAUGAAUGUCAGUUUCCAUGUCUGACUGUAUAAUUGUUCAUUGCUAACCACACAAGAAACAGUGUCUUUCAGAAAGACUUAUCAGGUGAAACCUUUUCUGGAUUUUGAAUUGGUUGAACUAUAUGCUAGUGAAACGUUUUAUGGCCACAAACAUAUUUAUUAAUUGUCAAUAUGAAGUAGGAUUCAAUUUGAAGGAAACUUUUGGGAAAAAACCAAUGUUUUGCUGCUUAUAAACAUAGGAUAGUAAAACUAAGUUGCCAUAUUUAAAUGUUUGAAAAUAGGGGGAAAAACACUUGAAGAAGCUGCUAAUUUAGGGUUGAUAGCAUAACCACUAGCAAUAUAAGACUAACAGAGUCCUCAGUUCCUUUUUUUUUUUUUAACAAAUGUUCACUGGUCAUUUGGUAUCCAUGAUGAAUUUAUGUAUUUCACAAAAUGGGGACACUGAAACCUGAAGACAUAAAGUCAACUGAUGUUUUACUUUUGCAGCCUGGUCAUGUUAACACCCAAAACAUUAUAGCUGCCAUUUAUCUAGACUUUCUUCCCCUUUUACACAUAGUAGUAUAUUCAGUGUUCAAAAAUAUUUCCCUAUUGAUGAUUUGUCCUUAUUUAUAUUCUAUUAAAAAAAUUUUAAAAAACACCUUAGCCUAAGGGCACAGCUACAUAUAAAUAUGCAAUAUCAAAUGUUUGCAUGAGAUUAUUUUUGUCAUGUAAGUUUUCUCAUAGUCAUCAUAUAAAUGCUUUAGAAUUCUUUUUCUUUCUCCAUUAGGAAUUUGAUACAUAUACUUGUUUCCCUCUACACAGAGAAACGCAUGGCUUUAAUCUUCAGUUCAUUUUGAACCUCUUUAUUGUGGAGUUAUUUAAAAUUUAUCUAUUAAAACUAAAAGUUAGAUAAACUGCUGGGCCAAGUCACUUUUUGUGUGAUUGGUAUUUAUUUGCUGGCUGCUAACACAUUGAUUUUUUAAUUAACUUUUUAGAAAUAUCUGUUAAUCUUUGUUUCUUAAUGCAAACAUUAGAAAGUUAAUCUAAUAGUCCUCUCCAUGAAGGUAUGACUUUUUAAAGCAAUAUUAAUAUGUAAACAUUUGAACCAGAGAACCAAAAAAAGGUAAGGAAAAUGUUGAAAAUCAACUGGCCAGUCUUCCAAAAAACCUUUAUUAUAAAAAAAAGCAAAAAUCAUUCUCCUCUUUUUUUCCCCAGUUAUGAUUGCAAAACUGACUUCUGGGGAUAUAAAUUACCUUUAAACUAUUGCCACAAAUUUCUAACAUAAUUAACUGUUAGCCAAUUCAUUAAGCCUUUGAAAAUUAGUUUUAUGACAUUUUUAUAAUUUAUUAUGCUUUUAUUUGCAUGUUAUAUAUCUAAUGAACCAUUGAUGAUUCUGAUAUUAUCUUUCUUUAUAGAAUUAACAUUGGGGCAGUUUGUGGCAAACUUUGGUUUCUGUCCUGCAUAAUUAUUGCUUUAAUGCUUUAACUUUUCAUCAAAAAUUUGUUGUUUUGCCCCUUAAGAGUUAAAUGAUGUGGAAUUUUUCUAGAUGGUAAUAAUCCCAUGUACUGAUUGAUUUCAAAAAUGAUAUAAAAAACUCUUCUUGUAUUGCAAAUUAUUUUAAAAUUCGUGUCAAAUGAACAUUGUUAUCAAGUAUGUAUGGAUUUGUUUUAAAAAAAAAACAAAAUAUUUUUCAUGCAAAUUUAUCAUCCCUUGUUUUAUUUCUUUUAACUGUGGACAAUCUUAGAUUAAUGUCUUGUGAGGGAUUCAUAUAAUAUGUGUUUGUAUUUGUGUAGUUCUUGCGUUGAAAUGGUUGGAAAAGCCACUCUAGAGCUAAGAAAAUAACAGAAAGCUAAUUGUAUUGAUUCUUUCCUCUUUGUUUCUGUUACCAGUUGAAUGCAGUGUAACAUGGAAAGCUCUUCCAACAGUAAAUAAACUGGUUAUCUUUUAUUCA